GAAAAGGAAGACCGUUAGAAUCAUCAUAUAUUCUGAGAGAUACGUAUAUUGUUUCAGGCUACAAGGAACUGCCCGUGCUGGUAUGAAUCUUCUGACAACACAGAGUCAUGCAGAAGGUUCUUCAGAAAAAUCUAUCUUCUGGUCUUCAGGAAAAGAAUGGCACAGUGGUGACAGAAUUUUUCCUCUUGGGAUUCGGAAACCUCCAUAACGUCAGGAUUUUACUUUUCAUCAUCUUUCUGAUCAUUCAUGUCAUGGCUUUAUCAGCAAAUGUCUUUGUCAUUGUCAUGGUUGUCCUCAACCCGAGCCUCCACUCCCCCAUGUACUUCUUGCUCAGCCAGUUGUCCCUGUUGGAAAUCCUCUUCACCAGUAACAUUGUGCCCACCAUGCUGUGGCUGAUACUGGCGGGGGAUGGAAAGGUAUCAGUUGCCCGAUGUAUACUCCAGUUGUAUUUGUUAGGUGUGCCAACCAUGUCCCAAUGUUUGUUGCUGGCAGCCAUGUCCUUUGAUCGCUAUGUGGCCAUCUGUAGACCAUUACACUAUGCCAUCAUUAUGACCUUCACAAGACAACUUCAGAUAGUCACCUUCUGCUGGCUGGUGAGCUUCACACUGUCAUUUGUUGUGUACAUUUUCUUACGCAAAUUACAAUUCUGUGGCCUCAAUGUAAUUAAUCAUUUCUACUGUGAUAUCACUCCAGUGUUAGAACUUUCAUGCUCGGAUACAUCAUCUGUGAAACUGGUCACUUUUAUAGAGUCUGUUCCUGUUGUACUUACCCCAUUUAUGUUCAUAAUUGCCUCCUACAUCUCCAUCCUUCACACCAUCCUGAGGAUCCCCUCCAGCACUGGUAGACAGAAAGCCUUCUCCACCUGCAGCUCCCACCUAACAUUUGUGUGUAUGUACUAUGAAGUCUUGACAUCUAUUUAUAUAUUCCCACCAAGCAACAAUUCCGUUAAUGCAAACAAGGGUCUGUCUUUACUGUACACACUGGUGACCCCAUUAUUCAACCCUCUCAUCUACACCUUGAGGAACCGCGAUAUCAGAGCAGCCAUAACUAAAUAUCUCCAUGUUUUGGGCUACUUUAAAUCACCUAAGAGAGAGCUGAAAAGAUUAAUAAGUUUCUAA